UAUACAUUUAUAUAUACAUAUAUAUGUAUAUGUCUAUUACUUGACAUAAAUGCAUCACAUAUACAUUGAAUAGAGGAUAUAGAUAAUCAUGUUGCAGAAGCAGUGAUUAGCAAAACGAAUAGUAACAAUAAAGAUAAUAAAAAAUGGAUUCAGAAUCACAACAUAAAGGGAUUGUAAAUUUGACUCCAUUGGAUAAAAGUAGAUUUUUUUGGAAACGAUUUAGAUCACCCAGAAUGCUCAGUAAAUCAGUUCCACUAAGAAGUACACAUUUGUCUCGUCAUAAAAUGAAUAGAUCUUUGAACUUUGAUGUUAUUAGUCCAAGAAAAGAUAAUUUGUCAAAACAUCCACAUUCAUAUUUAGACAAUAAUUCUUUUGAGACAACCAAGUCAUUGCGAGACUUAUCCAGAUCGGCUAAAAUAAUGAGAGCACUUCAUUUCAAGCCUGAUUCGUUUUGUCCUAGAAACAUGAAUAUAAAAAAAUCAUUGAAUUUUGAUUCAUCUCCAAGUCCACAGAAAAUCAACACCUUUGAUAUAAAUUCUCCUACUGAUUCAAUUACUGAUACAUCAUCACCCAUAUUGGACAAACCUUUGAGACUUGAUUCAAGUUCAAAUGAUUCUGCCACCAGUAGCAUUUUGGCAUCUUUGGAGUCAAUUGAUGAAAAUCAAAAUCAAACGCCUCAGCAAAAUCGAAAAAUUGCUAAAAUGUCAAGCAAGAAUAGAAGAAUUAAUACAGAAAAGAAUGCAAAUGAGUCAGGUUCUUCUAGUUCUACAUCAUCACUUCGAAGCAAUCUCAAAGAAAAAAUUGACAAUAUUCUACAAACAUCACAAACACCUGAUUUACAUUCCUUAAAGAAGAAUAGAUCAGAAGCAUUCGGCAAUGUUAUAGUUGCAAGCACACCAAGGAAUUUGUUCCAGGAAUUCAAUCAGGAUACACAUAAUAGAUCGUAUACGCCUGACAACAUGAUAGAUUUAAUUCCAGAAAGUAUGAGUGCUAUUAAGAAGAGUCAUAAAAAGGAGAAACUGCAUGGUUAUGAAGAACGAUUAUUUACACUGCAGAAAAAUAUUCCUGCAAGAAACGAAGACACACAUACAAGUAUGUUGGAAUCAAGAGUAGAUACAUCUGCAAUUGCUGGUUGCAGUACAUCUUUUGUAAAGGAACCUCAGAGGAAGAACAGAAAAAUUAAGAAAACGCUUAUUUAUGAUUCUGACAAUGAUCUUUCUCACACUGGAUUAGUUUCUGGAUGUAGUUCACAAGAAAAAGUUACAUCAAGAGAAAAUGAUUUUUUCAUAAAUGCAUUGGACGAAAUGGGAAAUAAUAAAAUACAAAACAUCGAUUCUAGCGAUUGUGAAAGGUGUGAAGAAAAUAUACAACAGAGAGAUAAUACACAUUUCACAAGUAGUGAUGAUAAAGAAGUAGACCAUUCUGUGAAAAACAAUUGCAUUAAGAAUAUAUUUCAGUUAUCUCAGCAAGAAAAAUCGUCAAAUAUUUGUAAUGUCAACGUGAUGGAUGGAAACAGAGCAGUAUCUCCAGAACGCACUGUUUCUCAAGCUUCUAAUGGAGCAGUUACACCUGAAAAUAAUAUAAAUAUUUUAGAGCAUAUAUUCACAGAAUCGAUUAAAAAAUCCCAUAAGAAGAUAAAACAUGAAAAUAGAAAAACUAAAAUAAAAGCCAAGAAAACACUUGAAGUAUCAGCUCAAGAUACUUUUAAUGAUGAACAAUGUAAAGAUGUGGAAAAUGAAGCAGCUCUGGCAAUUUGCAUGUUAAGUUCACACAAUGCUGAUCGGCCGAGUACACCUGAAAACGUAAAUUCAAGCAGACUCUUACUACCUGAAUUUAAAUCGGUUAAAAAGUCACACAAAAAAGACAAGUACAGUAAAAGAAUUUCUGGUCUUGCCAAAUGCCAUAAAUAUCAUGAGUAUCGUAAAAGAUAUGACAAUUCAUUACAAGAUGAUAGAGACGACGAAAGGAAUACUAGCAAAACUUUACAUGGAAAUGAGUCACUUGAGUUAAAUGAAUCUUUUGAUGUAUCACCCAAAAAGAAGAAAAAGUCAAUGAGUGUGUCCUUUGAAAGUGAUGUACGCAAGUUACAUUCUUCCAAAUCGUCAGCUUUAAGAUCUCUUGAAAUUAACAACACAAAUGAUGAAUUUAAAAUUCAUACUCCUACUAGAAAAGUAAGCCGGUUUGCAGUCACAAAUGAUAUUUAUGCAGAUGGAAUGUCACAAGAAAAAGAUGAACCUAUACAAACGUCAUCAAAGGAAAUCAAUUGUUCCAGAUGUGUGACACCAGUUUCACGUUCGAAAAAACAGCGAGAAAACGAAGAUCUUUCAUAUUUUAUCAAAAUACUUGAGACUGAUGCAUCUGUUUCGAGAGAUGGACCAGUGAAUAUUGCAGAUCCAAGAGGCGAAACUGGUAGAUCAACUCCAAUAAAUAUGUCAACGACAGAAGUACUUUGUAAUAUAGAUUCUAUUAAAAAAUCGCAUAAGAAAGAUAAGCAUAGUCGCAAUAUAUGCAAGAGACGAGUUUUGUCGAAGAAUAAAUCGAAUAUCGAAGAAACUGGAAAUGUCAAUUUUACAAGUAUGUUAAAACAAUAUACAUCCUUAAAACAUAUAGAUGUUGACAAUGAAUUUUCUAAAACGGGAAUGUGCAGUAAUACGAGUGAUGAAGGAGAGAAGAGCAAAUGUUAUGAGGAAAUUAUUUACGACGAUUCUCUACCAUCUACGAGUCAAGCGAGAGACAGUAUUGAUGUGAGAACUGUUAAAAAUCUACUGAAUACAACACCACCAAAUAAUUCGAAUGUAACAAAUUUCGUCAAAAGGUUCCAUACAAUUUCUAUUAAAAAAUCGCAUAAAAAGGAACGUGACUGUAAAGCGCAAGCAAAAAUGCGUUACGUGGCCGCUUAUAUGUUGGCUGUAUUGGGGGGCAAAGCCUCGCCAAGCCAAAAUGACAUUGAAAAGAUUUUAUCAUCAGUUGGAAUCGAGACAGAUGCUGAAAAACUGAAGAAAGUUAUAUCAGAAUUGAAUGGAAAGAGCAUCGAUGAAUUGAUUGCUAAGGGCAGAGAAAAAUUGUCCUCCAUGCCAGUUGGUGGAGCAGUUGCUACAGGUGCUGCUGCAGCCCCUGCCAGUGGUGCGGCUGCUCCUGUUGAGGAAAAGAAAGAAGAAAAGAAGCCUGCUAAAGAAGAAUCUGAAUCGGAAGACGAUGACAUGGGUUUUGGCCUGUUUGACUAAAAAUGCCUUUUUUUUUAUCGUCAAAAGAAGUACGCUGCAUUCUGUGGCAGUGGUGGUAUAAUUGUAUAAAAAUUACAAAUUAAAAUUUACUACUGCUAGAGAAUAAAGCUGCUGGAGAAAAAAAAUUU